GCACUCUCUGCCAAACAGAGCACAAUGAGCCUCCCACAGAUCCCCAGGACAAGGCAGUACGCCCUGCUCGUCGUCGUGCUCGCCCUCGUCCUCUCCCGCUCCUCCGCCCUCCACGCCCCGGCAGACAUCCUCAACGGGUGGCGAGAUGAGAGGAAGCGACGGCGGCAGGAGAGAAAGAGGCGCGAGGCAGAGACGCCCCUCAAUACCCCAGCCCUCGAGAAGAGACUGGUCGACCUCUACAUCCCCGACCCCUCGUCCGACUCCCGCACCCUCCUUGUCCCCCACAUGGGUCGUAUAUCCAAGGUCCAAAUCACACCCACAUCUAAAGAGCUAUACAAAGAGCAUCUACCGCUGUUUCCCCGGCUGAAAGCUGGAGAGAGCCUAGGCGUCAACAAGAACUUUUGGAGAAUGCUAGGGGCGGUGCUCAAAGUGGCGUUUGCCAAGGGUGGGAAAGAGGCAUUUCUGCUGCUACUGCACACCUUCUUCCUCGUGUCCAGGACCGUCUUGAGCGUGAUGGUGGCAAGGCUGGACGGGCGGAUCGUCAGAGAUCUCGUAUCGGCCAACGGAGCUGGUCUCCUUCGAGGACUCGGGUGGUGGUUUGCUCUCGCUGUACCGAGCACCUAUACGAACGCCAUGAUCCGAUACCUGGAACGCAAGCUGGCGUUGGCCUUCCGAACGAAUCUCACCCGAUACAUCCAUGAUCUCUAUCUAAAUGAGAACCUCAAUUAUUACAAGCUCGGGACUGGGGUGGGCGGUCAAGCUACAGCAGAAGGGGGCGGAAAGUCUGGAGAGACGGGGGCAAGCGAAGCGUCUACUGGAACCGCUGAUCAGUUCAUCACCACUGACGUAGCCAAGUUUUGCGACUCUUUGGCAGCUCUCUAUGGCAACAUUGGCAAGCCCACACUCGACAUGAUCAUAUUUACCUCUCAGCUAUCUGCCUCUCUGGGACCACUGGGCACUAUCGGUCUCUUUGCCAAUUACGGCUUGACAGCUUAUAUCCUACGAUCUGCUACCCCGGCAUUCGGCCGGAUGGCAGCUACCACCGCCAGAUUAGAGGGCCAGUACCGGGCAGGGCUAGCGAGGAUAGGGCGAGACGGGGAAGAGGUCGCAUUCUACAACGGAGGCAAAAGGGAGAAGGGCAUUCUGGUGGGCAUGUUUGGGGCGCUGAAAAAGCAUGUUCAUUCAGUCUUCAAGGCGAGAAUACCUUAUGGUAUGACGGAGGACUUUGUCAUCAAGUACCUCUGGUCUGCUGCUGGUUAUGGUCUCAUGUCUAUCCCCAUCUUCUUCCCAGGUGCGACCAAUGCCUUGUCUACUGGUGGAUCAAAGCCCCACGCCCACCAUGCCAUCGCCGAGCGUACCGAGAGCUACAUGUCCAAUCGCCGUCUCUUGCUAUCCCUUGCAGAUGCAGGUGGGAGAUUGAUGUACUCUGGCAAGGACCUCGCAGAGCUGUCAGGAUACACUAGCAGAGUCUACUCUCUGCUGGCAGAGCUUCACGGUUUGGACAACGGGAUAUAUGCUGCUCAAGCUCGUCCAGAUGACUUGCCUGCUGAUCAACCUUUCUAUGACAUGGCUAGAGUGGAAGGCGUCACCAGGAUCGGGCUAGACCACAUACUGCUCCAUGGUGUCCCUAUCGUCGCCCCCGCCGAAGGCGCAGGUGCCGAACGAGGUGGCGAGGAGCUCAUUAGAAGUCUAGACAUAAGAGUAGAGAAGGGAGAGCAUACCUUGAUCACAGGUCCCAACGGCUCCGGUAAGACUUCUGUUGCGCGUAUCAUCGCCCAACUUUGGCCAGUCUGGAAAGGCCUGCUCGAGCGACCUGUGCAGGGCGAAGGGGGAAUAUUCUUCCUGCCUCAGAGACCGUACCUGAGUAUUGGUAGUCUGCGAGACCAGGUCACUUACCCCCACACAUAUGCCGAGAUGAAAGCCCAUGGGAGGACAGAGACGGAAUUGAUGGGCAUCCUGAAGGCUGUGCAUUUGGAGUAUCUACCUGGCAGAGAAGGAGGCUGGGAGACGAGGAAAGAGUGGAAAGACGUGCUCUCAGGCGGCGAAAAGCAGAGAAUGGGUAUGGCGCGACUCUUCUAUCACCGUCCCUCGUUCGCCAUCCUGGAUGAAUGCACCUCGGCCGUCUCGAGCGACGUUGAGGGAUUAAUGUACGAACAUGCCAAGGAUCUCGGUAUCACCCUCGUGACCAUAUCGCAUCGUCCGGGGCUGUUGAAGUACCAUAACAGACACCUUCGUCUGGGAGAUCCCGGUGCCCCUCAACCCAGCCGUCCAGCAUCCCGAGCUCCUUCCCGGCAUCAAUCAUCCCUGCAUCUCCCUCUGGCUCCUUCCACCCUUCAUCUGACUUCCCUUACUUCUAGCCUCCCAUCGCCUUAUGCUGAACUACCCAAAACACCCCUGGUAGAGAAGGGUUGGCAGCUCACGGUCAUGUCAUCGGGUACAGAUAAGGAGAAGCUGGAGCUGGAUAAAGAAAUAGAGAUGCUGGAAAGUAUCCUGGAGAAGGAAGUUGGGGAGUGGGAGAAGAGGCUGGGAGACAUCCAUGGGGAGCUGAAAGGCCAAGUCAACGCCACAUGAGCGAGGGUGGAACACCGAGAAGGCGUGUUUUGUUUUCUGAAGGUAGCUCGAAACAAUCUACAUACUGUAACACAAAGACUACGAGUCGUCGGCUGGCACCCAACGUGGACAAAGUCCCUAGCCUGACAACCUCCAUCACUUCAUCUGUUGUAUAUCGCGUCUACUUGUUUAUCUUUGGAAUGUACAAAAAGUGGACUUGGCAUG